UCCUUUUCUCUUUUUCUCCACACAUCAUAAACCCCACUUUUCCCUCUUUUCACUACUCACAAACUUUUCAUUACACCUCCCAAUUUCCUCAAAAAAACAACAAAUAUCCUUAGUUUCUUGCAGAAUGGAAAAUGCCGACCCGAACAUCGCUAGAGUCCAGCACGUCGCGAAAUCAUCGUCCGACCAGCUCCUGAGGAAAUUUGCCGAGGUGGGUCCCCAUAAAAACGACAAAUUUGCAGUCAAGGACCUUAGACUGGCCAAGCGGGUAAAGCGAAAAGUUUGUGCUGGCCAUGUAAGUAGCUUACCGGAGAAAAAAUCUCUUCUUGGUCCUCUGAAUGCUCAUAAAUCAGCUGCAUUGUUUCGGAGGUUUGGGAUGAGCAAGGCCAAGAUCAGGGCCAGGGAGAUUAAGAACAAAUCCAUCAUAACUGCUCUUGAGAAGACAUGGCGAAGAACUGUGGAAGGGGCAUCAAGGGUGCUGAUGGAGAAUCAUUACAACCGACACAAACGCCUGAUAAACGACUCUUACUAAGUUAAUGACUGUGUACACGAGCGAAAGAUUAUUAUUUUUGUUUUAGCUUUGUGUGUGUGUUUCUUAUUGUACUAAAGGACAGUAGUCAGAUGUCAGAAUUCUUUUUAUGGAUCCAAUUCUCUCUACUGUUUGCUAAUCACAAUUUCGCUACAGAAUGAAUCUCUUGUACAGGCAUGUUUCACUAAUGCAAAUGUAAUUGGAUACAAGCAAAGAGCAUAGUAAAAAUUCGAAACAUUGGAUAGCUCUAGUACCCUACUCUAUGUG